AUGUUUACUUUUUAUAUACUAUCAUUAACAAAAAUUUUUUAAUUAAAACCAAAUAUUAGUUUUUUAUUUAUUUCUAUCUUUCUCUAUACUAUUAAAACCAUUUUUUAUCUUUUAAUCAAAAAUAAAUUUUAUUUUUAUUGUUUUAGCAAUCUUAGCAUGAAUGUAAAUCAAUCAAUCAAUUUAUUACUUUAAAAUCUGUUUAUUCUAUUGCUUUCUCCUAACUUUUUUUUUCAUCUAGCUAAUUUUUUGUUUCAAUAUCUCUCUGUGUAUUAAUUUAGUUAUUAGUAGAAACAAAAUUAUUCAUAAAAUUUGGAUCUAUUUAAAUAACUAAAUUUUAUUUUCUCUUUUUAUAAAAAUAACGCAGGGUCAUAAUAACUACAGUAAAACAUACAAGAGAACCAAGGACUAUGCCAACUAAAGCGCCUUACUCCAGAUCAUUUUUUGUAUCACUUUAUUUUAUAUUUUACUUCUUUAAACAUUCUUAGCUCUUAGAUUUGUCACAAUCUUUGCAUAUUCCUAGUUAAGAAUCCACAUAUUAGCCUGCUGGACAAUCACUCAAGCAUUUAUUUUAUGAUAAGUAUAAAUUUUAAGGGCAUUUAGUACAUUAAGUUGAUGUAUUCAUACAUUCCAUACAAUUUACAUCACAUUUUAUGCAGUUUCCAUUGCUCAAAAAUUAACCGCUUUAACAUUUUGUGCAAUUUGUUGAAGAUCCUAUACAUUCCAUACAACUUACAUCACAUUUUAUGCAUUUUCCAUUGUUCAGAAAUUAAUCGCUUUAACAUUCAGUGCAAUUUAUUGAAGAUCCUGAGCAUUUUGUGCAAGAAAAAUCACACUUAGUACAUUAUUAGCUGUAAUUAUCGAAAUAAAAACCAUCUAGACAUGUUAAGCAGUUGUUGCUGGACCCAGAGCAAGUUUUACAUGGACUAAUACAACUAAGGCAAGUUUUCGCAUUAAGAGGUGCAUAAAAACCAUCUUAGCACUUUUAGCACUAACCAUUAUUUCCAGAAUCUAAAAUGUAGUCUUAAUUACAUUAAAUACAGUUUGUAGAUUAGUACAAGCAUUCUUUACAGUUUGUGUCACACAUUUAGCAUCCAGCUACAUUUUAUUGAGCAUAAUAGCCUGAAUCACAAAUAAUAGAGUGAGGAUAAGCAUCAAAGCACCCAUUUUGAUUUGUUUAAUCAAAACAUUGUUGACAACUAAGAUAAGUUCAUAAUUUUUCCUUUUGAGCAAUCAGUACAAUUAUUUUAUCCGCUACCAAAGCACUCAAAGCAAAUUGGAUCACAAGGUUAGCAUAUGUCAUUACUAUCAAGUAAACCCAGGUUAGCAUGA